AAAUUUCACAUUCAGUUACCAUUUGGUUGUCGAUUGAAUUGAAGCUCGUGAAAAUGCAUUUUUUAAUUAGAUUUUUUGCUCUAUUGAGCUUCUUCAUAAAUUAUCGUGAAUUGGCUGCGGUUUCAUCAUCCAUACCAAAAGGCCAAAAUAUUCCGCAAAUUCUGAAACAGUGCCAGAAAAAUGAUCCCAAGUUAAAUGAGUGCUUGAAAAAUGCCAUCGAAUCGGUUCGCCCAAACUUAGCUAAAGGUAUUCCCGAGCUAUUGAUUCCAAAAUGUGAGCCGUUAAAAGUUCCCGAAAUUCGAAUCAUACAAAAUGCGGGCGCCAUUAGAGUUGAAUCACAAUACAACGAUGUCAUUAUUCAUGGUUUGUCAAAUUUCACAUUGCGCGAUAUUAAUGUUGAUCCCGUGUCGAAACGUUUUCGUGCCGAUUUAUGGUUUCCGCAUCUUCAAAUGACAUCGAAUUACAUUAUACAAGGCAAAGUACUUCUCAUGCCGUUGGUUGGGAAUGGCUUGGCAACCGGAAAUUUCAGCGAUGUCGAUGCGACCAUAACAAUAAAAAAGAAAGACAGCUCAGAUGUUGACCGUGCACAUGAAAACAGUGAGAAAAUUGGUGAUAUUAAAGUGGAAUUCAAUAUUGGCAGCGCUUCCGUAAAAUUGGAUAACUUAUUUAAUGGCGAACCAGAAAUAGGUGAAAUGAUGAAUGGCUUUUUGAAUAACAAUUGGCGUGAGAUCACGGCAGAAAUUCGACCGGCACUAGCAGAAUCAAUUGAACGCAUCUUAUACGGUAUAGCAAAUCAAUUGGACAAAAAGUACGGUUUAAACAAUAUUUUGCAAGAAUAACUUCAUAUCAAUUAGCUAUAAAAGAGAUAAAUUUCGUGCCCAAAAAACAAUGUUCGGUUUUCUCUUAUAUCUUGUCUCAGUAAAUAAGUUAAAAAUAUAAUACAGUGCACGUUACUCGCUAAAUAAGAGUCUUAAAUCUGUAUAUAAAUAACGAAUAAAAUUUAAAAAUGAUCUAGCCUAAUUAAUUUUGU